UACUUAUGCUCCAGUGAAGCAGUUUCUGCGUGUGGAUAAAGACAAGGUUCAGAUCUUCAACCCGGCUUUCUUCAAAUAUAUUCACGACCGCUGGACACGUCAUCAUGGACGUUACCCAUCUACCGGCAUGCUCGUGCUGUUCUUCGCUCUACACGUAUGUGAUGAGGUGAAUGUAUUCGGUUUUGGGGCGGACAGUCGGGGAAACUGGCACCACUACUGGGAGCAGAACCGCUAUUCUGGAGAGUUUCGCAAAACAGGCGUCCAUGAUGCCGAUUACGAGGCCCAGAUCAUUGACAAGCUGGCCAAGGCUGGCAAGAUCUCAGUCUUUCCUGGAAAGUGA